CAGAAAUAUCAAAAAGUAUAGCUGAGCUGGAAAAAUAUAUCCAAUUUAGAAACACUGUUAGGUCUAUAUAAAGUGAAAUACAUUUUUUUUGUAAUUUACAACCAUCAUACUCGGUAAACAACAAAUCAAAAUGGUGUUUUCAACUUUAUUUCAUCAAACUGAAUUGGUUCCCUGUUUCUAACCUUCCACAAGUGUAAAAAAUCUCAAAGAUUGCCUCAUCAUUGGGAUGCUAAGGCAAUCCAUGGUCAAACUACCUUAUUGAAAUAUUUGGUAGCUCCCUGAUAUGACAACAGAUGCACACAUUCUGGGUGUCAUAUAUUUUAAUAGAGUUGCUGGUAUUCUGUAUAGUAGUAUCGCUAGUAGCACCCAUGUUAGCUUAUCCAGCUGGCGGUAAAGAUGGAGGAGUUAUCCUGACAGGCCCUUCAGGGGUUGUUACAAGUACUGGGGCUAUUGGACCUUCAGCUUUGGGACUCGGUGCAUAUGGCUAUGGCCACGGCGGUGGAGAUGUUGGCAUAGUGUAUCUAGCAGGCCCAAUAGCUGAUGGCAGCUAUGCUGGAGGAACUGCAUUAUUGGCAGGUCCUGUUACGGGACCAUCUCACCUGGCAGGACCUGUCCAAGGACCAAGUCAUAUCGCCGGACCGGUUCAAGGACCCAGUUACAUAGGAGGACCUGUAGUAGGUCCCAGUUAUCUAGCUGGAGGAGUGCAAGGACCUUCGUAUUUGGCUGGACCUGUACAGGGACCUGCACAUCUCGCUGGACCAGUGCAUGGACCGGCUCAUAUUGCAGGACCAGUGCAUGCUUCAGCUCACCUUGCUGGCCCAGUUCACGCACCAGCUUUCUUGGCAGCACCUGUAGCUGGUGGAGUUACAUACUCGGCACCUGUUGCAGGAGGGGUGUACUACACUAGAGGUUCUGGACACCAUCUGGUGCCUAGCACAGUUGCUGGUUUCGGGUUUGGAGGCCAUUCCGGUUUCGGUGGCUCUGCUGGGGGACCUGGUGUUUCAGGAGGAAAGGGUGGCGCAAGUGCAGGGAGUUCAGCGGGAGGCAAAGGCUCCUCCUCCCAUGGUACGUCACAUGGAGGUCAUGGAGGGUCCCAUGGGGGUAGUAAAGGUCACGAAGGCAAGGAGUGGUGAUAUCAUUGAAGUAACGUGUGGGUUGUGGUAGAUGUAGGUUAAGUUAUUUUUGUAUUCGCUUUUAUUUAUUUGUGUUUAUACAUGUUUAUUUAAAUAAAUAUACGA